AUGGCCUACUGUCAUGAUCUCACGACCGGCAGCCUGGAGCCCCUCACCAGGUGCCCUGAGCUGGAGAGUCUCACCCUAUCCGGCGGCGUCCCUGACGCCGUGAGCCUGGAGCCUCUCACCAGGUGCCCUGAGCUGCGGUAUCUCACCCUGUCCGGCGGCGUCCCUGACGCCGUGCUGGACAUUCUCAGCGGCUGCCCCGAGCUGCGGUACCUUAUACUGGGGGACCUCCAGCGGCCGGCAGAGACGGCCUUCACAGCAGCAGCGGUCACCAGACUGGUGAAGUCGUGUCAGGAGCUGUGGUGUCUGCGCCUUCACUGCACGGCAGACACCGGCCGGGCCGUGCUGACCGCCCUGAAGGAGGCGGACCUGGGCCCUGACAGUGAUGGCCAGCCCCGUAUCAUCAAGCUCAUUGUCCCCGGGGAGCUGUACGAUCAGCUGAAGAGCCAGGAAGGCGAUGGGGUCAGAGUGUUGAAGUGGGGGAAAUGA